AUGUCUUCCUCUUCGAGUCUACCCAAGGCCACAUGGGCAUCCGAAGAGAGUGGAACUUUGAAGAGUCUUUGGAAACUAGUAGAGAAACAACAGGUGGAUGAUACACUAGCAGAUUUGUUUUACACAAGUGCUAUUCCAUUCAAUGUAGCUAGAAAUCUGCAUUUUCGCAAUGCAAUUCAAAAAGUUGCAGAGUUUGGCACAGGGUACACACCUCCUACUUCUGAGGCUUUCAGGACAAGUCUUUUGGAGAGAUCAAAAGAAAGAGUGACUGAGAAACUAGUUGAGGUCAAAGCUUCUUGGAAGGCAAUAGGUUGCACCAUAUGGAGUGAUGGAUGGUUAGAAAUAUGUCAAAGGCCAUUGAUCAAUGUUUUAGUGGCUUGCCCUGAAGGUGUUACAUUCUUGAAAGUGAUUGACACCAUGAACCACAAGAAAACUUUUGAAUACAUAUUUCAAAUAUUAGAGGAAGCCAUUCUUGAAGUAGAGAAGGAAAAUGUGAUUAAAGUGGUAACUGACAGUGCAGCAAAUUGUGUGGGAGCUGGAAAUCUAAUUGUUGAGAAAUACCCACAAAUAUAUUGGAGUCUUUGUGCAACACAUUGUUUGGAUUUGUUGCUUCAUGAUUUGGCUAAGUUUCCAUGGAUACAUGAAGCAAUUAAUAGAGGGAGAGCAAUUGCAAACUUAAUAAGAAAUCAUCGUCUCACAUUGAGUCUUUACAGGCAACAUGCAUCUAGGGAGUUGUUAAGGCCUUGUGACACAAGAUUUGCUUCAUUUUAUAUCACUUUGAAAAGAGUUGUUGAAGAAAGCAGCUUUGAGAUCUGUUGUUUGUUCCAAUGA